GCAUUUAAUUUAAAAUUGACACCUUAAGAGAGUUAGCAAACCAAGACCAGAGAGACAGUAGAAUACACCCCUAGAUUUUAACUUCCUCUAGUCUUCUCUGACUAUAUAUAUUAUAUAACUUGAUACCAUCUGUAAAACAAGAAGAAACGCACACACAAGAAGAAACAAGAAGAUUCGAUUGAAGCUAAAGAGAUUAAUCAAGAAAAAUGUUGCUAGUGACUGUUUUGGCUGAGAUGAUGAAAGAGUACACGGUGGUGCUCGCCGGAGUUUUGGAGCAUCUCUUCUCUCAAGCACCUUUUCCUAGGAGAUUCCGACUUCAUAUUUUAUACUCUCUUCCUUUUCAUAACUCUAGUUCCGCUCCUCUCACUCUUCUCCUUCCUUCUCCUCCUCCUCCUCCUCCUUAUUAUUCUCGUUCUUCUUCUACAUAAUAAUGUUUUUUUUUUCUUUGACUCUAUGAGCUUUCUGUGUAAAUAAAGAUCUUUUUUCUAUAUUAAUGCAUCCUUCUGUUUUAAUUGGAACCACAAAACAAGUUACAGUGCUUUUUAAUUUUGUUGAAUUAUUCUGAAACGUUUGAAGGGGUUUGAUGGUGAACGUUAUCAAUUAUCAUUAUCGUGGACUUGAUCUUGGUCAAAGAAUUGAGAAGAA